AUGGACCUGGGCGAGGGGAUGUGCAUGGUAUGUGGCGAUCGUUCGGCGGGCAAGCAUUAUGGUGUAAUGGCAUGUUACGGUUGCAAGGGUUUCUUUCGGCGAACAAUCCGUUCCGGGCAAUCAUACGCAUGCCGAUUCAUGCAAAAGUGCUCCAUUGACAAAGACCAGCGAAAUGCAUGUCGUUUUUGUCGAUUUCAACGGUGUCUUGAAGUGGGCAUGGAACCUGAUGCUAUUCGACCGGAUCGCGAUAUUAUCGGGAAACAGAAAAACCCGCGGCGCAAGAAGCUUAAGCGUGAAGACAGUUCGUUGCCAUCGCCUGGCGCUGAUUCUCAUUGGUACUCCUUUUUCUUACGGUUUGCAUCACAAACUUUUAAUAUCUUUUAG